AUGUUCACUGGCAACGGCAUCAAAAUCUUCACUGGCACUAGCCACCCCGAGCUUGCAGAGAUCAUCGCCCGACGACUCGGUGUACCUCUCGCAAGGGCUGAGGUGACCAAGAGCGGCAUCGGAGAGAGCCAUGUCCGCAUCACCGAGUCCGUCCGCGAGGACGACGUGUACAUCAUCAACACCGGGUGCGGCGAGAUCAACACGGCCCUCAUGGAGGUCUGCAUCAUGAUCCACGCCUGCAAAAUCGCGAGCGCGAAGCGCAUCACCGCCAUCCUGCCUCUGUUCCCCUACGCCCGCCAGGACAAGAAGGACAAGAGCCGGGCACCCAUCACGGCCAAGCUCGUAGCGAACAUGCUGCAGAAGUCGGGAUGCGACCAUGUCAUCACCAUGGACCUCCACGCCUCACAAAUACAGGGCUUCUUUGACGUGCCUGUGGACAAGUGGCUAUACGCGGAGCCGUCGUCAAUUCAGUACAUCCGCACGAACUUCAACUUGUCUGACAUCGUCAUCGUGUCUCCCGACGCGGGCGGCGCGAAACGAGCGACGUCCAUGGCCGAUCGGCUAGGGGUCGACUUCGCGCUGUUCCACAAGGAGCGCAAGAAGGCGAACGAGGUGUCGCGCAUGGUGCUCGUCGGGCACGUCAAGGACAAGGUCGCGAUCCUGGUGGACGACAUGGCGGACACCUGCGGCACGCUCUGCCUCGCCGCGCAGCACCUGUCCGAGGCGGGGGUGGCGAAGGUGUACGCGAUGGUGACGCAUGGGAUCCUGAGCGGGAACGCGCUGAAGAACGUGGAGGAGUCCGCGCUGGAGAAGCUGAUUGUGACGAACACGCUGCCGCAGACGGAGAACGUCGCGAAGUGCGCCAAGAUCGAGGUGAUCGACAUCGGGAACGUGCUCGCAGAGGUGAUCCGGCGCAGUCACUAUGGCGAGAGCGUGUCGAAGCUGUUCGACGAGGUGCCAUACUAG